CGGUUCUCGGUAAACCCUGAAUUUUUCAACUUGGUGCUGUUGGCGAUUCGAACAUCCUUCCCAACUUUGCACCUCCCUCUCAUAAUUCUUCCAACCUCACACUGUCAGUCUGCACAUCUGCGUGCAAAAAUCCCUUUCCCCCUUCUGGUAGCCCAUCUGUGCUUUCUGCAACUCAACUCUCUCCCCGGGGGUCCCGAGCCCUACUUGCUAAAAUCAUUAUGUCGGUCACGUUACAUACCGACCUAGGCGACAUCAAGAUUGAGCUCUUUUGCGAAGCAACACCAAAAACAGCCGAGAACUUCCUAGCGCUAUGUGCAUCCGGAUACUACAACAACAACCUGUUUCACCGGAAUAUAAGAGGGUUUAUGGUGCAGACCGGUGACCCAACUGGCACGGGGAAAGGUGGAACCUCCAUUUGGGGUCGCAAGUUCGAUGACGAGAUCAAAGCAACAUUGAAGCAUAACGCACGAGGAAUAGUGUCGAUGGCCAACAAAGGCCCCAAUACAAACCUGUCACAGUUCUUCAUUACGUACGGUAAACAAUCCCAUCUGGACUCGAAAUACACUGUGUUUGCAAAAGUGAUAGAUGGAUGGGAGACACUGGAUUCUUUGGAGAAGGUGCCUGUGGACGAAAAGUCGAGACCGGUGCAGGAGGUUAGGAUACGGAACGUGACGAUACACGCGAACCCGAUUGCGGAUGCUGUAGGGAGAUAGGAGACGUUGAGCGAUUGUAUAUAUAUGGCGUGAUGCCCAAGGCGUAUUCACCAGGCAAGAUUUGGGGCGGUGUGAAUUCUAUUGACAUGACAUGGGCGAGUCGUGCUGUGCUCAAGGCGUAUUCAACAGACAGCAACGCGCAGAUUUGACGUCUAUUGACAUGAUAUGGGUG